AGGCACGCUCUUGUGGCCAGGAUUUAAAAGGGACAAAGCUUUCGCCUAUCUCUGUCCUGUUUUAUCAACAAUGGCUUCCACCCUCCCCAACCUCCACCCUCCUCCUUGCCUCCAGUCCGCAUUCCUCGGCCGCGGUGUCACCCGCCUCCACAAGCCGUCGGUCGCAUUCUCAAGGCAUGGCCCGUCGGCGAUCCCUUCAAGGCCGUGCGCGAAGUUCGACCUCUCUGAGAUACUCGGUGGGCGAGGCCUUUGCAAUGGCGAGAAGGGCAUCGAGCAGGAGCUCAAGCGGACCGUCGGAGAACCGUCCCCGUCGUCUGAUGUUGAAAAGCCUGCAGAAGCCGAAGAGCCGUCCCUGGCUUUGAGCAGUGGAAAGCCCGCCGGAGAUGCGGUGGCAUCGGCGGCAGAAACCGUCCCUGAAGACGCUUUCGACAAGGAACUCAUGGGGUUGACUGGAGGAUUCCCUGGCGGCGAGAAGGGACUGCAGUCUUUCAUCGAGAAGAAUCCGCCGCCGCCGAAGAAACCAGCUGAGAAGGCGAGCGCAGCAGCAGUGCCAAGCUUGAAGAAGCCCAAGGCACCGGAGCUGCCGAUUCUGAUGCCCGGAAUGAUCGCACUCGUGAAGAACCCGAACAACCCGUAUUACAUGUACUGCGGGAUCGUGCAGAGGAUCACCGAUGGAAAAGCCGGGGUGCUGUUCGAAGGAGGGAAUUGGGAUCGGUUGAUAACUUUCAAUUUGGACGAGCUCGAGAGGAGAGAGAAAGGACCUCCCAUGAAGAAUCCUAGGUCUGUGAUCAUUGAGAAUCUCCUUAAAAAUGAACCUUGAAUUCAAGUCCUUUUAACAUCUCCACUUGAGUACGUAUUGUAUGUAUACUACUGAGAAUCUGAUGUAGUUCUUCGCUGUUCAAACUUGGAAAUAUAUAUUCAUCUCCGACCGUUCGCAAACA